CAACGCUCCGUUCACUCGUGCAAAGUAGAUAAACGACGACAACAUGACCGAAAUUCAUGACCACUUCGACACCAUCCUCAUCCUAGAUUUUGGUUCUCAAUACAGCCACUUGAUCACUAGACGUUGCAGAGAACACAGCGUAUACGCCGAAUUACUACCUUGUACGCAGAAGAUCGCUGACCUCAAAUGGAGACCAAAAGGCGUCAUCCUCUCUGGCUCACCAUACUCCGUGUACGAUGCGGAUGCACCACAUGUCGAUCCGGAAGUCUUCAGUCUGGGCGUCCCAGUUCUCGGAAUUUGUUAUGGUUUACAGGAGAUGGCGUGGAAUAUGAAUGGCAAAGUCGCCAAGUGCGAUCGUCGCGAAUACGGAUUUGCGCAGCUUGAGGUGGGCAAGGGCGAAAACGUGGAUAGACUAUUCGCCUCUCUUGGGGAAGAAAUGCAGGUCUGGAUGUCGCAUGGUGACCAAUUACUGGACUUACCUCCCGAUUUCCAUGUCGUCGGUCACACAAAGACCGCGCCAUAUGCCGCCAUUGGUCAUAACUCAAAACCAUUCUGGGGUAUCCAGUUCCAUCCAGAAGUCACGCAUUCGCCCAUGGGCAGAGCUCUAAUUGGGCAAUUCAUACUCGAGAUUUGCGAUUGUCAAUCACAUUGGACGAUGGAAGAGUUCAUUGGUAAAGAAGUGAAACGAAUUCGCGACAUGGUCGGACCAACAGGUCGCGUUAUCGGCGCAGUCAGCGGUGGAGUCGACAGCACAGUCGCUGCAAAACUAAUGCACGAAGCAAUUGGCGAUCGUUUUCACGCUAUCAUGGUAGACAACGGCGUACUAAGACUAAACGAAGGCAAAACCGUAUACGACAGGCUAAAUCGUGAUUUAGGUGUGAACCUAACGCUCGUGGACGCGUCGGAGCUCUUCCUCUCGCGCCUUGCUGGGAUAGAAGACCCGGAACAGAAACGCAAGAUUAUUGGGAACACGUUCAUCAAUGUUUUCGAAGAAGAAGCGCAUAAGCUUGAUUCGGAGGUGCAAAAGUCUGGCGGACAGUCGCAGAAGAUCGAGUGGCUCCUCCAGGGUACGCUCUAUCCAGAUGUGAUCGAGAGUAUUAGCUUCAAAGGUCCGAGUGCGACGAUCAAGACGCAUCAUAAUGUCGGCGGUCUGCUCAAAGAUAUGAAACUUAAACUCAUCGAGCCUCUCCGUGAAUUAUUCAAAGACGAAGUCCGAGCCCUCGGUCGUCUCCUAAGCAUCCCCAACCACCUCGUCCAACGGCACCCAUUCCCUGGUCCAGGUCUCGCAAUCCGCAUCCUAGGCCCAGUUACACACUCACAAGUCGAGAUCUUACAAAAGGCGGAUAACAUCUACAUUGAGGAGAUCCGGAACGCGGGUUUGUACGACCAGAUAAGUCAAGCCUUCGCCGUUCUCCUCCCUGUAAAAGCUGUUGGCGUUAUGGGAGAUAAACGAACAUACGAGCAGGUCAUCGCUCUGCGCGCAGUUCAAACGGAGGACUUCAUGACCGCCGACUGGUAUGUCUUCCCACCAGAAACCCUACGCAAGAUCUCCAGUCGCAUCACCAACGAAGUGGAGGGCAUCAAUCGAGUCACCUAUGACAUCUCCUCUAAACCACCUGCUACCGUCGAGUGGCUGUAGUCCUACUUGGAAUAGUACUCUUCUACUCUCCAUCUUGCGGCUUUUCAGUGCUGUCAGACAGAUGAUGGCAUAUCUUCUAAGUUCUGGGUCACGAUACAUAAUGAUUUCGUUGUUAGAAGCUAUUUCUUUUCUGUUACUAG